CGAGUCUGUGAUAGAGAAAAAAGAGAAGGAAGAAAAAAGAGGAGAAGAAGACAAGUCUUCCUCUCCCACACACUAGACAACACAACACAUCGCUGUCUUGUCUUCUCUUCUCUUCCUACUCUGCUGCUCCUCAUAUAACCCAAAAAGACACACAACCUUCAACAGGCAGCUCUCAAUCCUCCCUUUCCAGUUUCACGUUACCCAACCCGGCUAUUUUCGGUGAAAAAUGUACUCUAUGCGGGGUCUGGGUCUCGACGGCGGCGACUAUAACCUCCACCACCACCACCACCAUCACAGCCACCCGGGAGCUAUGUCCUUGGACGGCACCAACCUCCCCGGAGAUGCCUGUCUUGUUCUCACCGCCGACCCCAAGCCUCGCCUCCGUUGGACUGCCGAGCUCCACGAGCGCUUCGUCGACGCCGUCACCCAGCUCGGCGGACCCGAAAAAGCAACACCGAAGUCAAUAAUGAGGACAAUGGGGGUAAAAGGUCUGACCCUAUAUCAUUUGAAGUCACACCUUCAGAAAUACCGUCUCGGGAAGCAAUCAUUGAAGGAGGCAACUGACAACUCUAAAGAUGCAAUAUGUGCAGCCGAGAGUCGUGAAACCAGUUCUCCUACAUCAGGCUCGUCUAGAAUGAUUUCCCAAGAACUAAACGAUGGGUACCAGGUUACUGAGGCUUUGCGAGCACAGAUGGAGGUUCAACGAAAAUUGCAUGAACAGUUAGAGGUACAGCGCCGUCUCCAGCUUCGUAUAGAAGCUCAAAGCAAAUAUUUGCAAUCAAUACUUGAUAAAGCUUGCAAGUCACUCAACAACCAAGCAGCUGUUGUUACUAGCUCAGAGGGCUUAGAAGCUGCUCGCGAAGAGCUAUCAGAGCUGUCAAUAAAGGUAUGCACCGAUUCUCAUGCAAUCUUUUCGGUCCCUUCAUUACCAGACAUGAGUUCACUAGCCGCAAUGACGAAGCGACCGCGAGCUUAUGUGAAUGAUAGCAAUGUGACGGAGGCGGAGUGGACACUGGCUAAUGCUGGGUAAAAAGAAUAAUAUUAGGGUAUGUUGUCCUCUUGUUGUAGUAGUAGUAACCAAAAGUGUAUCAUUUUAUUAACAAGUUCUUACAGAUGUCUCUGCACUCCAAAACAUGCUGACAUGUUGUAAGUUUUAAGCUGCUGAAUCAUUAUAUGUAUAUUCUCUUAUGUGCGGUGUUGUGUCUUUUCUUCUUCAUUUUUCGCUAAUUAUGUGAACGUUGAUGAUCAUUUAUUUAAGCUUACUAUAAUUUAUACACGGAGGAAGCUUUAGCAA